AUGACUACUUACUCCCUCAAAUACGCCGAUGUAAACUACGAUCUCGCAGCGCCAGAAGACGCAUCAUGGCUGUGUCCAGUGCGCUUUGCCUACGACUGGCUUCGCGACGCGACAUCUGAAUACCCUACCGCAUCGCCGUUGCACUAUAGUUUGGAACUACCUUUAUCCCCACCUGACUCACCCGAAGAUAGUGUCAAAAACACUGGUGCAGUGUUAAAGACACGCGUAAUUACAUCAUGCGACAAUGCCAACGGCUUUGACAUUUACCCCUCGCAAGCUGGCCUACCUUGGCCUACUAGACUCGCCAAAGUAAGACAGAGUCGACAUUGGCGUGCUGGCAUGCGCAUCUCUAAUGAACUCCUGGAACUUUUCUCUACAGAUGCGACAAUCACGCAGGCGGUAAGAAAGAAUGGGGUUUCUCUUGCCCGCAUAGCAUCGCAGGAGCUACUGGUCGAGGAGGAUGACCGCUUCGCGAAAUUUGCUACGUACCUCUUCCCCGAGGCCAAUGAGCAGCGUAUGCGGUUGUUGGCGGCGGUAAUAGUGUAUGUUAUCAUCUUCGACGAUUCGUGGGAGAUGCAUAGCGAAAACAAGCUUGGUGUGGUCCGAGACGAUUUCGUCAGGCGACUCGAGGGCCAAGUCGAGGAAGCUACUAAGCAGAAAACACCUUUGCAGGCACUCAUAGAUUAUACAGUUCAAGGAUUCAAAGAUGAGGAUAAAAUCUCGGGUGAUGGUGGCCAGGAGGUGAUUGAUCACCUGAUCGACUUCUGUUGCCACGUGCCUCCUCAGCAGACGUUUGACAACCUGGGCGAUUACCUCAGCUAUCGUCGCAUCGAUGCCGCCGUGCCGUACAUCCUCGCGUGUCUCAAAUUCUCGCUGGGCUCGAGCGUACGCAUUGAAGAUCCGAAGCUGGAGCGCUUUCUUCGUUUAGUGAGCGAUCAAAUAUCGCUGUCCAACGAUCUCGCUUCUUACGACAAGGAAAAGCGGGCUUACGACUGCGGUAAAGCGUGCUACCUGAUUAACGCUGUCGAAGUCGUGCAACGCCUCCUUGCGCUUCCGUCUCCAGGCCCGGCGAAGUCAAUCGCGUACUCGAUGCAGCUUAACGUUGAGUCUGAAAUAAAGAUAGAGCUAGAUAUAUUGGUUGCCAGUGGAGAGCUCUCUACAGAGAAGCUGCAAUUCGUCGAUGCCGUGAUGGUCAUGACGGCGGGUAACGUUUUUUACUCUGUCAUAUCGCCAAGAUAUGGCGGACAGGAAGCCAAGAUGGAGGUAUAG